GCAUGUGCAAUUAAAUAAGCAAGCACAAAUGACCAUAGCUAAUUAAGAUUAUCAGCGCCAUUAUUCUUAUGGGAAAUAAUCUGGUUUCAUCUCCGGAUCCGGCGGAGGCCGGCAGCUGUCCUGCAUCAUCAACGCCACCUUCUUCAUGGCAGCUGAUGAGAUUAUUCAUCGCCGGAUCAUACUCGUCCUCCGCCGACGACGCAAAACCGACAACGUAUACAAAAAUACUCUUGGCGUCAUCCAUCGGAUUGUUCAUUGCGGCCGCCGCCGUGCAUUAUCGCCUCCAUAUCAUCUGCCGUCGCCCCGACCGGAAAAUCGUGCCGAGGUUAAAGCUUCUGCCGGAAUCCGGCCAGACCCUCAAGCCUGAAGGGUUUCCUCAAUAUGUAGCUAGGCAGAUGGGAUUUAGUGACAAGAGAGAGUGCCCAACUUUGUGCAAAUUAGCCUCAGAGUAUAUAAUAAAGGCAGAUGGUUGUGAGGAGGAAAUAUACAAUUUCUUUGCCAAUGAACCAGCUGCUGAUUCCCUGUUCAUUAAGCUUGUGGAGGAGUUUGAGAGGUUGAUUCUCAGCUAUUUCGCUUUCCAUUGGAGCCAGGCUUCCAAUAUGAUUAGCCAGGCACUGGUAAGUGCUGACAAAUCUUCUGGGCCGAAAAAAAAGCUGAAAAAUUUUGUAAUGGAAGCAACAAGGGAACAGAGAUUUGAGAGAGUGACAAAGAACUUGAAGGUGGCAAGAGUGUUCAACACCUUAGUGGAGGAGAUGAAAGCCAUAGGGCUAGUGGCAGCAGAUGAUUCCAGGUGUACGGAUGUGAUGGUCCCUAUGGCUCACAAGGACAGAAGCCCUGUCCUCCUCUUCAUGGGCGGUGGCAUGGGUGCCGGCAAAAGCACUGUUCUCAAGGACAUCCUCAAAGAGCCAUUCUGGGUUGAAGCAAAGGGAAAUGCAGUUGUGAUAGAGGCGGAUGCCUUUAAAGAAUCGGAUGUCAUCUAUAAAGCCCUCAGUUCUAGGGGACAUCACCAUGACAUGCUUCAAACUGCUGAAUUGGUGCAUCAAUCGUCCACGGAUGCGGCUUCAUCUUUGCUAGUAACGGCGCUCAAUGAGGGGCGGGAUGUAAUCAUGGAUGGGACCCUCUCAUGGUUGCCAUUUGUGGUGCAGACGAUCACGAUGGCUCGGAAUAUUCACCGGCGACGGUACCGGAUGGGGCACGGUUACAGGGUCGAGGAAGAUGGGAGCGUGAGCGAGAACUACUGGGAGAUUGCUGAAGAACAAGAUCUAGUGGAUGGGAAUAGAAAACGAAGAGCUUAUAGGAUUGAGCUUGUUGGGGUUGUUUGUGAUGCUUAUUUGGCUGUCAUUAGAGGCAUAAGGAGAGCUAUAAUGAGCAGAAGAGCAGUGAGGGUGAAAUCACAGCUAAAAUCCCACAAGAGAUUUGCAAAUGCAUUCACAACAUAUUGCAACCUUGUUGAUGUUGCAAGACUCUAUAGCACAAAUGACAUUGAAGGCCCUGCUAAGCUAAUAGGGUGGAAGGACAAAGACAAGACAUUACUAGUGGAUCCAGAUGAGAUAAAGGUGUUGAAAGUAGUGGGGAGGUUAAAUGAGGAAGCAGAUUCCAUAUAUGAGCUUUACAAACACCCUAAUCCAGCUUAUGAACCAGGCUCUGUUUGGAAGGACAUUGUCUUGUCCCCUUCCAGGUCCAACAUUCAGAAGGAACUCAGAUUCUCCAUUCACAAAAUUGAGACUUCUUCUUCUUCUCCACCUCACCAUUAGUUAGGAUACAUGCCCUAUUCUUUUUCUUCUUCUUUUUAAAUAUUCAUCAUGUCCAUAAUUUAUGCUACCCAUAAGUAGUACAGUAGAUGCUUUAGAAUAAUCAAAUAAUGCCUAGUUAUAGGUGGUAGGUGGGACAAAAACAUUGUCUUUGGAACUUAAGAAAGGGAAACUAUACAA